AUGAAUCUACUGCAUUUAACGCUGACUGAUGGUGUUUACGAUUACGGCGCGAUUAUAUUAGAAGACAGUGAAAUCAAAUGGUUGUAUCGGUUGAAAUCGGUAAAAACAAAUUCGACUGUACAGGUGUAUGUAGACAGUACUUUCUGCUAUUAUUUGGUGAAAGAACUGUUUCUUAGCAGCUUUUAUAGACAAUGUUUUCUCGAUAGAACCAAAGAAAAAUACGGCAGUACUUUAAUGUUACGUUUAAAACCUACACGAUACAAUUUAAUCGAUUAUAACUGGAAUGAUCGAGUGUAUCUAUUAGUUAGAGAACGAUGUGAAUUAGAUCACGCCUUAUCAUGGUUGUCUACUCUAGGAGGAGCGUUUUCGGCUUUAGGUGAUUAUUUCACGAAUUGCGCCGAAAUGGCCGGGAGGAUAUCGAUGCACCAGCUGCAAUUAGCUCUGAAAUUAGGCGAUCCGAACAUAGCCGUACGAUGCAGAUUGUAUAUGAGUUUGAGCCUCAUUCAGAAGAAGAGGUACAAGCAAGCCAAAUGGAUCGUGUUAAAUGAGUUUAAAAAUGCCCGAGAAGCGACGAUAGUGGACCAAAGGCUCGUUAAUAUGUGCAAAGGUAUAUGGUCGAAAUUGCAGUACGAGUACGGAUUGCACAAACUGCAUUUGAAAGGAUCCAAUAAGUUAGUGAUAACGAAGAAAUAA